AUGCUCCUUUACAAGUGGCACGCCGCAACAGGCCAAGUGCCGCCAGUAUUUGUCGUGACGCAGAUGUUGGACUCGCUGGAAGAUAUGGGCGAGUGGCGGCGAGCUGUUCAGGAGUACCAGCUUGUAGCUCCAAUAUUCGCUACGAUGCAAGACGCCGCAGCGUACCGCAUUGUCCCGACACUGAAAGUUCCGUACACACGCAUUUAUGCCGAGGAACAGCGCGAGAAUUGGGCAGUAGCCACUGACCUAUUCGUAGAGAUGCAGAAGAGAUGCCCACGUGACGAGAUACCACAUCACGAGCUGCAGAAGAUCGCAUUGGGUCGAUACAGAUUGCGCCAACGCGAGACGUGA